AUGUCUGGCUUAACCCGAACAGCGAAAAAACAGUAUGAAAGCACAGUUACAGCUAGCAUAGAGCGGUUGGAUCAAUACAUAGAAGAUCUGUACUCAGACAACCCAGACGAUAAAAUCCAAGCUUCUCGUCAGUUGCUAUAUCUUUUCAAUGAAGCGGAAAAUAUUGAAAUUAUUGUUUCUCAUGAGUCAUUACCUGGGAUUUUAGGCCGUACACUUAGAGAUGAGUAUAAAACAAGCAUGGAACUAAGUCUCUACCUUGCUGGAGUUUUCUAUAUAAUUUCAAACUAUUCACAACUCCACCAAAUAGUGUUACAAGUAUACUUAAACCUAUUAAUUUUUAUUUUUUUUAAAAACUAUUAAAACUUCUGAUUUUUUUGGGAUAAUUUAAUAGAAAAAGGGGUCCAUGCCAUUUGAUCGGGACUUUUAUUAGAGAGAGACAUUUCCUCGUAAAAACAGGUAAAAUUUUUCCUGUGAGAGAUUUUGCUCGAAAAAAAAAACAAUAAAAUUUUUAACAAGAACAAAAUCUUAUAAACGUCCUCGAAUAAUUACAAAAAGGUUAGAGGAAAAAGUAUGCUCCGGAAAAAGGAAUAAUUUUCAAUUAGAACCAAAUUGGAGAUACAUGCAUGAAAAUCAUUGAAUAUCAUAUACAAAGGCACGAAUUGAGGAGAAGCGAAAUACAAAACCUUAAACAAGAUGCAGAGUACGAAAAAAAGCUGAAAAACAUGGAAAUUCUAGAAAAGAAACAAAAUAAAUUGUUAUGGCGUAAUUUUUAAGCAGUUUGUUUUAGCAUUCUGUUGAACUUGUCAGAAGAUAUUCAGAUUGAGAGAAAAAUGAAGAAGAGGAAAAUCGUAGGGCUGCUUGUGAAAAUGCUAGAAAGGGAUAAUUUGACACUUCUUGAAGUAGUUUUCACAUUCCUUAAAAAGCUAAUUCUUUUGUAAAUUUAAAUAUUAAAAUUAUUUUUUUAAAAAAUAUAAAUAUUUUUGAAUCAAAUUUCUAAUAAAAAAAUAAGUGUUUUUGCUGAAAAUAAAAAUGAGAUGUAUCAGGACGAAAAUAUUGUGCAAAAGCUCCAAAAGUUUGUCCCAGCCCCUCACCAUCAAGAAAUUUGUUCAUUAUAGUUCGCUCCUUGCUAUAGCUAUGGAUAAGGAGAGAGUGACAAAGCUAGCCUUGUUAACUCAGAUCGUCUGUCCACUCUCAAACGACAAGUCUAAAUGAUGCAAGAGCUUUGUCACUUUGAGAAAUGGUUUGUCUACUUAAGCCGCCCAGCCAACCUCUAAAUUGAUCCAUCACCUGCUCCCUAUACAGAGCUAUAGCAUGGAUCAAGCUAUAGUCCUCAGGCUAAUCCACAACCUUUCUUUUGACAAGUCAAUCAGAGAACAAUUCGACUCUCUAGGUUUUAUCCCCCGAAUUGUAACCUUAUUAAAAUACGCUCCUUUUCGAGGCAUCACUUUAAGAAUUCUCUACCAGCUUUCCCUAGACGAAAAGUCCAAAUCAACAUUUACAUAUACCGAGUGUAUCCCCAUUGUAUUUAUGUUGAUGAUCCAAUUCCCAGAAGCCAAAGUAGGCCGAGAGCUUAUGGGCCUCGCCAUAAACUUAUGUAGCAACCCACGUAACGCUGAAGUUUUUGCUGACGGAAACCAGCUAGAAGCUCUAGUAAAGCGAGCUUUAGAGUACCAUGACGACCUUAUCAUGAAAAUGAUUCGUAACAUCGCAAGAGCCGCCAAAACUCAGCAUGUCCAAGAAACAUUAGAAAAAUACGCCAAAAAAUUCAUCAGUAUUAUAUGUGGCAACGAAGAUAUGGAUUUUGUAGUAGAAGUCUUAGGAACUAUGGUCAAUAUGGAUUUAGAAGAAGAAUGGGCUAAAUAUUUAAGCUCGCCACAGCUGCUAGAUUUUCUGCAAAAACACCUUGUGGUGGGAUAUGCAGAAGAUGAUGUAGUAUUAGAGUCAAUUAUGCUGGUUGGGACUAUUACUUCUUGUGAGCAAAUUGCGAAAAUGAUUGCAAAUACUUUAAUAAUACAGCUUUUACAUACACUUUUGUCAGAAAAACAAGAGGAUGAUGAGAUGGUUAUGCAGAUUAUGUAUACUUUUUAUAGACUUUUGCUGUUUAAAGCGACGAGGACUAUAAUUUUAAAUAAAACACAAGCAGUUAUACAGACUUAUUAAAAAUUCGUUUUUACAUUGGCUUUGCCAGAGCUAUAUUUUAUUUAAUUUUCAAAAUAAUUUUAAUUUUUAAAUAAUUAUUCAAUUUAUUUCGAAAUAACUUUUUAUUAGAACUUUUGCAGGAUAAGAAUCCUAGAAUCAGAAAAAUGGCUGACACAGUGCUGAGCUUAGUUCAAGAAUACGAUGAAGAUUGGAGAGAAGAAAUCAAGCUUAAAAGAUUCCAAUUGCAUAAUCAAGAAUGGCUAAGUCUAAUUGAAAACGUAGGAGACAGCGAUUAUGACGAAGACGAAAUCAGUGACGAAGAUUCUGACAGAAUGCAUUGGGCUGAUUUAUCUGACUUAGACGGCCAUGAGUGGGGAAAUAUAAGUGAAGAUUAA